GCUGCUGCGCUGGCCCGGCCGGCCUCGUGCGCCCCAGACGAGCUCUCUCUGGAGCAGCACAACCUGUCGUCGCCCUCCGCGGAGCACCCACUGAAGGAGAGCGCCGCGCACAGCACUGCACACGUGGCCUUAACGGAGGCUGCCCCAGGGUCCCGGCCGAGCAGUCCUCCCCACCUCAUGUCCUCUCCAUCCGCUGCUACUUUUGAUACAGCCUUUUUUAACCAAGGAGAACUGACCCCAAGUACAGCAGACCACAGUGUCUUUGUGGCAAAUUCCGUGUCAGUGACGAGCAACGAGGUGGUCAUAGAUGACGAUGAAAUGGAUAACUUUUUGCCAGAAACUCAGUGGGCCACCUCCCGCGUGGUCUCUCCGAUACAGUAUGUCACAGUCAGCCCCCCGGGGCUGCCCGAGGAAACAGCAGACUCCGUGCUGACGCCACCAUUGCCCACUGUUCCUUCACAAGAUGAAGAAGUGACAUCCGUCUGGCAAGACACAAUGCAACAACCGACAAUGUGUGCUGAGUCCCCCAGUCAUUGCAGUGUUUUCCCGUCAACUUUUCUUGCUUCCGGGGCCAUGAUUCCAACCCCUAGUAGGAAUUUGGUGCUUUAUCCUACUGGACGCUCAUCAAGCAGGACUUUGCUGGAGGUCGUGGCUUCAAGAACAGAGGGCGUAGAAACCCUCCUUUUUAGCUCCACAUCUUCAGUGCCUCAGCCGUCAGGCGAUGGCCUCACUCAGCCAUUCCCCGCCCCGGGGGAGGCCUCAGCGCCUCCAGAGGGUGUUCUGGCCCCGGGUUCAGACAGAUACCCUGAUGGGACCACUGCUUUGAGUCAGAGUCUAAAAGAAACCAUCUCUCCAAGAACAUCUCCAAUUGCAGCUAUCUCCCAGACGGCCCUUGCUUUUAGCAGCAGCUGCAGCAUAAACUCAGCUUUGUUUUCAGGUCCUCCUGCGUUUGUGUCCUUUUCUACUCGGUCAGCUGAUGUUUCAUAUGACCCCGUUCUUCCUGGCAAUUCCAGGGAAGCAUCCGAAUUGCCUGGCAGUUCAGUGGUCCCCAACCAUGUGGACGACACUCCUGUCUGGAGCCCAGCGUCUCCAUUCAGACCGUACACGUGGUGCGGGUCCUGCUCUGUGGCAUCACCGCGGCACGUUCUGUCCACGAGCCUCGUGGAGAAAGACGGGGGCUCAGGGGACAGUGCUGAGACCAUGACCGUAUGGGAAGCGAGCAGCAUAUCUCCACCAAGCAGCACCUCUCCACCGAGCAGCAUAGCAGAGGCCGUCUCUGAAUUUGAGGAAGAUCCUCAAGAAUAUAACCUACUUUUCCCCUCAAGACCAAUAGUUCCACUUUCUUCUCGGUUUGUGGAAAUCUCAGAGGCAAGCGUGGGUGUUUCGGCCGAGGCGGGCUGGAGGAGCAUCAGGAUCACACAAGCGUAUCCUUCCCACGGCCCCUCCCCGCCGGUGUCACUCGAUCCUGCUUCCUCUGGCUCCGUCUCUGCCAUUGAAACUCAAGUAGUGCCGCCCAGUGUGACAGCUGUGUUUCCCUCGGCCGUUCCUGGUGUUCUCCUCGACUCGUCUUUCUCCGUCACGGCCGACGAAAACACGCCAUCACUUGCUUCCGGAGACCCGACGCCGUUUACGUCUUAUGGUUUGGAGCCUUCCGCAGAGGCUCCGCUUUUCCCUGCCCGCGAACCCGCCAGUGUUUCCCAACACGAAACCAGAAGGACUUUGGGGUUUGCACCCAGCUUUUCCUCAACUCCGCCGCUGGAGUUCAGCAGCUCGGCCCCUUUGUCUUCAGAGGGACUUGCGUCUCCUUCUCCGAUGUCAAGUGACAUGUCGACCAUCCUUGCUCAGGCCUUUCCCACGUUGGUCGAGACACUUACGUUGACCGACUCUCCCAAUCUGCAGUCACCUCCGCUCUCUGUCCCUAAUUCCACAAACCUUGACUUUUCUCAGCUCUGGCCGAGUUCAGACCUCCUUUUAAGUGCACCCACGUUUCUGCCUACUUACUCUGAAAUGUCGCUCCUCUCAAGCUUCCACUCCACGUCUCUCACGCUCUCCGAAGCAGCCACCGUUUCACCGGCAGAUUCUGAAGCCCGUUUUACCUCAGUUUUCACGGAAACUACCUCCUAUUUUGAGUUUUCACUCGUGCCCCACGAAUCGGCGGCCCCCACGCGGGUGCCCUCCAGCUCUGAGCCCAUCCUUGACAUGUCGACUGCUGGAGCGCACUCAGCGUCACUUCUGAGUGCUUUUCAGACAACACCCCUUGUAACAGAAUCAUCCCUCUUUUCCACUCCAGCGCCUUCCGACGGGGAUAUCAGUGCGAUGGAUGAUCAUGCGUCUGUCUUACCCUCUUUCUCCACGGUCACUCCUACCACCACAAUAUUGGUCAUCGCCGUGUCCCCGUCCUCAGCAUCCUCCGCUGUUUCUGAAGUGGUCCCCUCACCUGGACCUACAGAGGCUGUAUUUUUGGGCCCAUCGUUCACACUCACAGAUUUGCCGAUGAACACAACCACUGAACUGAGCACAUCUCCUGCCAGCACUGCCCCUGACGAUGCUGUCGACAUCAUCCUGAACAGCACCCCUGAGAGUCAGAAUCCCCACGAGAGCAGCACAGUCCUCCCCUUGCCGUCCCUUCAUCCUGUGUCCACCUCCACUCCCGAGGCCGUGGUCACUACUCCGGCAGUGGUCACCACCAGGCUGCCGUACGUGUGCGAUAUCACAAUUCCUGAUGCCUAUUUGAUCACAACUGUGCUGGCCAGAAGAGCCGUGCAGGAAUACAUCAUUACGUCCAUCAAGGAGGUGCUGAGGAUUCACUUCAACCGCGCCGUGGAGCUCAAGGUUUAUGAACUGUUCGCUGACUUCACUUUUCUGGUAACAUCUGGUCCUUUUGUUUACACGGCAAUAUCAGUCAUAAAUGUGCUUAUAAACAGUAAACUUGUACGCGACCAAACUCCUUUAAUCCUGGCUGUGAAACCUUCCUUCCUUGUGCCGGAGUCCAGGUUCCAAGUUCAAACGGGUGAGCACACUAUCUUGAAUAUCACUGUGGGCUCUCCCAGGGUGGCGCCUCGCCGGGGCCCCGUGAACAUCGUCUUUGCUGUUAAAAGCACGCAGGGGUUCUGGAACGGGACGCAAGUGAGCGAGCUGCUCAGGAACUUGAGUGUGGUGGAGUUCAGUUUCUAUCUGGGGUACCCGGUGCUCCAGAUCGCCGAACCCUUCCAGUACCCGCAGCUCAACCUGUCUCAGUUGUUGAAGUCCUCGUGGGUAAGAACAGUGCUCCUGGGCGUCGUUGAGAAGCAGCUCCAGAAUGAAGUGUUUCAAGCUGAGAUGGAGCGCAAACUGGCCCAGCUGCUGAGUGAGGUUUCCACCCGGAGGCGGAUGUGGAGAAGGGCCACCGUGGCUGCCGGGAACAGCGUGGUGCAGGUGGUAAACGUGUCGCGGCUGGAGGGAGAUGACGAUCCCGUGCAGCUCAUCUACUUUGUGGAGGAUCAAGACGGAGAACGACUCAGUGCAGUCAAGUCUUCAGACCUGAUCAACAAGAUCGACAUCCAGAGAGCAGCCAUUAUCUUGGGUUACCGAAUUCAAGGCGCUGUGGCCCAACCCGUGGACAGGGUGAAGCGGCCGUCGCCGGAGUCCCAGAGCAACAACCUCUGGGUCAUCGUCGGCGUGGUCAUCCCCGUGCUGGUGGUCAUGGUGAUCGUCGUCAUCCUCUACUGGAAGCUCUGCCGCACAGACAAGCUGGACUUCCAGCCCGACGCCGUGGCCAGCAUCCAGCAGCGCCAGAAGCUGCAGAUCCCCAGUGUGAAGGGGUUUGACUUUGCCAAGCAGCACCUAGGGCAGCACAAUAAGGACGACAUCCUGAUUAUUCACGAGCCAGCUCCGCUGCCGGGGCCCGUGAAGGACCACGCCACGCCCUCCGAAAACGGGGACCUCCCGAGCCCCAAGGCCAAGGGCCCCUCCAAGAACGUCCGCCAUCGAGGAAGAGUUUCGCCCUCAGAUGCUGACUCUACCGUAAGUGAAGAGUCCAGUGAGAGGGAAGCAGGAGAUAAGACGCCAGGCGCGGUGAAUGACGGGCCGCCACCCCCCAGUUCAGGGAACGAGCAGCCCUCGUCUGCCUCCAUCUUCGAGCACGUGGACAGGCUCCCCCGCUCCUCCGAGGCCAGCCGGCGGGGCCCCAGUAAGAUCCAGCUGAUCGCCAUGCAGCCCAUCCCUGCACCUCCGGUCCACCACCUGGCCGACCGAGUGGCAGAAACCAACAAAAUUAACAAAGAGAUUCAGACAGCAUUGCGGCACAAGUCGGAGAUCGAGCACCAUCGGAACAAGAUCCGGCUCCGCGCCAAGCGCCGCGGCCACUACGAGUUCCCGGUGGUGGACGACCUGUCGUCGGGGGACACGCGGGAGCGACACCGGGUGUACCGCAGGGCGCAGAUGCAGAUCGACAAGAUCCUGGACCCCACGGCCAGCGUGCCCUCCGUGUUCAUAGAGCCCAGGAAGAGCUCGCGGAUGAAACGUUCUCCCAAGGUCCGCCGGAAGCACCAGGUCAACGGCUGCCCCGGAGAUGCCGAGAAGGACAGGCUCAUCACCACAGACAGCGACGGCACUUACAAGAGGCCUCCCGGCGUCCACAACUCCGCCUACAUAGGUUGCCCAUCCGACCCCGACCUCCCGGCAGACGUACAGACGCCGUCUUCUGCUGAGCUGGGCCGGUACCCAGGCCUUUUCGCCCUCGUGGCCCCCAGCAGCCAGCCCGCCAACGCUGCUGCAGGCCCCGGGGUCCCAGCGGGCCUGCCCGUGAACAGCACCCCUUCCCGGGAAGAUAGACGAGCUGCCCAAUGGGGCUCCUUCUACAGCCCAGCUCAGAUGGCCAACAACCCAUGCAGCAGAUAUGACGACUAUGGAAUGACUCCCCCAUCGGGCCCAUUGCCAAGACCCGGUUUUGGCCCUGGUGUGCUGCAGUCUUCGGAGCUGGUGCCUCCCGAGCCCCAGCAGCCACAGGCAUCGUCUGAAGCCCCGUUUGUUGCCCGAGGGAUCUACUCGGAGGACAUGCCAUCGGUAGCCCGGCCCCGGCCUGUUGGGGGCACCACAGGCUCCCAGAUUCAGCACCUGACCCAGGUGGGGCUUGCGAGCAGGAUCGGAGCUCAGCCGGUGGAGGUCCCACCAAGCAGAGGCGGCCAGUGCGGGGGACCAGGCUGGCCUUCGUACGGGGAGGACGAGGUGGGCCGGAGAGAGGCCACACACAUGCUCGGACAUCAGGAGUAUUCUUCACCGCUGUUCCAGGUGCCAAGGACUUCGGGCAGGGAGCCCUCCGCUCCUCCCGGGAGCGCCCCGCACAGGGGGCUGCCAGGCGCCGGGCUGGCCUAUGCCACCAGCUCCACGGAGGACCUCCAGCCCGGCCACUCCUCCACGUCGCUCAUCAAGGCCAUCCGUGAGGAGCUGCUGCGGCUCUCCCAGAAACAGACGGCCGUGCACAACUUCCACAGCUGAUGGGCCUCGCCUUGCGUUUGCCAAGUAUCCGCUUCCCGUGGAAGCAAGACUCAGAGGAAACCGGCUUAAGGGACAUCGGGAAGAGACCAGCGCCUCCAGGGCUGGGGGCCGCGGGAGGGAGCAGGUUGCCAUCUGAGAAGAUGCCAGAUGCCACACGUCGCGUGACGGCUCGCGAGGCUUUUACCAAGUUGGCAAUGUUGUGACCAUUUGGGUCCAGUCGAGAUUUCUGGACUUUGGGCCAAAAGCCAGCAGCACUUCACGAAAGACAGACCACAAACCUAAGCUAACGGAGUUUCUUAGUCCCCUUUUUCAAGGCAAAAGAUAGAAAUGUAUAGAAUGUAUAGGGCCAAAAGGAGUCCGGCAUUUCCGUGCGGAGACGUGUUGGAGGCUGGUUUGUACGGUGAACCUGCUGCUUUGUUUUCUGAGAAAAGAGAUUUGAAGACAUUUUAUUAACAGCUUACUUCCCUCUUUUUCUCCUUAGGAACUUGUUUUACUAGUAAUAUUAACAACAAGGGUACUAAGACUGUUCGGGGACUUAAAAAGCUACUAGUGAGAAACCAAAUGAUAGACGUAGAGCCUGAUGAUGCCACACGAAGCCAUCCUCUGCAUUUCCCCUUCUACUUCUGGUGCUGCCGCUCCAAGCGCCCCCUCUUUAUGUCUGUGAAACGCAGCUUGGGCUUUUCCAAUGGAAGGAUGUGUGAAGGCUUCAUUUUGUUCUAGAAAGGAAAAAACAAAAACAAAACAACACUCCCAAAAGGGGGGGGAAGCUAAAUAUUUAUUUGGUUAUUCCAAACACAUAUCAGAGUUUAGGUUUACAUUCUUCAUUGUAUUUGCUGGUUUUUAAUUGGGCACGUGGCACUCGGAGAGCAUCCCACUUCAGCACAUGUCCCCUUCGAGGCCAGUCCUACGGAACCAGGCUCUCAGAGGUCCUAACCGAUCCUGGCGCUUUGCUGAUGAAUUGCUCACAAAUUUUGUUUGAAUGAGAAACGGCCCGUAAGCAAAAAUGAUGUUUAAGCAUCCCUGGGGCCACCAAAUAGCGAUGCGUGAGUACAUUCCUAGUGAUCACAUUCUCUGUGUGUUCAAGAUCUAGAAAUGAAGCUGAGUUCCCGCCGACCUCUGAAUCGGGAAAUGUGAAGAAGAGCUUUGGGAACAAGGGAAGGGAGGGGGCUGCUCCUAACGUCUGAUUUCAUGAGCGUGACCCUGCUGAGUGAUGCUGAAGGCGUCUGUGUGCUGUGGGCCCAAUAGAGGGUGGGUGUCAUCUCCCUUGAGGUUUCCCCUGGAAGUCACCAUUCCCUCCCCCCCUCUGACCCCCCAUAAUUAAUGUGAGGACUGGAAUAACAAGGGCUGUUUCGUUUUCUGGUACCUGAGUGAAGCUCAGGAGAAAAACAGGUAACACAUGGCUACUAUGAGUUCUUUUUUGUUAGAUUAGCUAAUACUUUAACCAACAGAUGAACAGGCAGAAUUGAGGGCCCUAACCAAAACCCGUGUCACACCUUGCGAGCCCUGAGCCCGCUCACGUAGGUUUCCGCAGUGUAAUCGCUGCUCCAGAGCCACGUCUCAGCGCUGCGUUAGGCCUGCCCUCAGCCGCACGGUGUGGAGCAGCCACGUUUAUCUGUGUGCUCCUCCAAGAGCGGGGAGAGUAAGUCUCUCAAGGAUGUUAAGGAAAGGGACUCCUUUCCAGGCAGCCCUCACAAGCUCCAGGAACGUGGGAGAGAAGGCCUCCUUCUGGUUUUGAUUUCUGACCCUUGGUCCUGGGUUAAUACUCAGAGUGGAGGGAUCUCUGUGUGUGUCACUGAGAAAUACCAGGUUUCCUGAAUACGUUAUUAUGAAUGUCAGACAUCCCAGCAGAAUUGUAUUACGGACACAUUACAGUGAAGUCCAGUCGUGUGGCAGCGAGUGGACCAAAUGCAGGUCCCUUAUCUCCCCUCUGCCCGGUGUGGUCGGCACUAAAAAUGGUUACCUCCCUUAGACAUUGAAGAAAUGGGUCCCUGUUUUAAAGGGGGCUGCAAUGGCCCCCUGAGCUGUGAUGCCUUUCAAACUAGCAUACAAGGAUUCAGCGUGUAUUGUUCUUCUUAGAACUAAUACACUUUUAAACCAAUGUCAAGACCAAAGAGGACAUAGAAUACCUGGGAGGGGGGGGAAUAGGGGGGCGUGUGGAGUGGAGUGGUGUGGCAUAGUGUGGCGUGGUGUGAACAUGCCGGUGAGAUCACCAGCCCUCUGGUGUUGGUUGUGAAGCACGCCCAGGUUGCCCUUGUUUUCUCUAAACAGCUGCCACAGAAGUUUUACCAAGCCCCAGACUCAGGACCGACUAGCUGUCGUGGGAGCACCACACACAGGUGGGUCUGCAGUCACUCAGACAAUGUGAUCUGCUAAAAAGGAAGGUCCUCAUGUCCAUCCUGUGCGCUUUGGAGUUCAUUUAUUCGAAGCAUUCUAAAACGAAAAGUUAUUCUAAAAUGUAUGUCUCUCCUUUUCUCCUAUUUUCAAAGUUCUAGCGGUAAUAAAACGAACUGUAAAUUUGAGCCAAUAUUUUAGCGAAUACUGUUUGGAGAAAUGAUCAUUGAAUUCUCUGUGUCAGGUCCCUUUUCUGAGCCUCAUUCUCCCCAUCAGCCAAACAAGGACAGACCUCCCUUGCCCACCUCCUAGAAUUUCUCAUUGUGAGCAUCAGAUGUGAUCAUGUGUGCAAGCGUCCCUUGAGAAGGAAGCACAGAGCACUGUGAAAUGUAAAAUGUUAUCUGUAUGAUGAUGCUGGGAUGGAUGAUCGGAUGUGCUGUGACCUACCAGUGAGUGAGCUCACAUGGAGGUGCCCAGAGCACAACUAAAGGCCUCGUGCGACUCUCUCCCUCUCUCUUGUUUUGCUUUAAUUCACUUCCUUCUCCAUUAACUUUUAAACACAUUUACUACACAUUUUUCAUGCUCCUGAUUUCCUGUGGAACAUGAACCCUGCCUUCUGAGGUUUUAGAAUCUAAGCCGAAUAACACAGGUUUAAAAGAUGGACGAUACACAUAAAAAACAAGGUUUAGACAUCAGUAACGUUUGUUGAGGGUGCACGAGUACUCAGCAGGAGAAGAAAUGGAAGUUGCAUAUUUGGAAACAGGAUCUUGGGGAGAAGUCAACUUGAGCAGCUACCCAGGGAAGUGGUGAGGUGGCAUGGGGAAGCCGAGAGUGGGCCUGGGGAACGAUGGGGAAAAGUGGGUGAAGCUGUCAUUGAAAAUGAACUUGAUCUGCUACAAUACAGGGACGAAAUUCCUAACCUCACUGUUAGGGAGUUUUGUAAGAGGAGGAAGUGGUGGUGUGAGUACGUGCUUGGAGUAAUACAAUGAGAAAGUGGUCAGGCCUGGGAAGAAGGUCUCCUGAGGAAGAGAUCCAUUCUGGAGAGGAGGGGAGCACGCCGGUGUCUGCCGAAGGACCCAAGGUCAAGCAUGGAAGUAGUGGUAAGAGUUCCACCAACUGCUCCACUGCUGGGCGCAGAUCUCAAUGGCCAGCCGUUGGGCCACAUUCAAUCCUUUGUGAAGUGUGGUGGGUUAUAAAUACAUCCAUUUGACUUCUUGACAGCCACCUACAUGUUUUUCUCCAAAUGUUAUUUAAUUUCAGAGUAUUUUUUAUUUUGGUGGCAUGUGGCUUUUGAGCAGCAGGUUAAGUGGGUUUUUUGCCAACCAGACUUUUCAGGGCAAGAGGCCUGUAGUGCAAAGCACAGGCGAAGGUCUGCCUGAAGGCUUUGGGCGGAACCAGGUACUUCUGUGUGUUAUGAGCCUCCGUUUACCUGUGGACAGGGUCAGCACUGACUGCAUUGCACAGCCUCUUAGUGCUCCAGUGACCAAACCAGUCACUCGGACACUGAUGGGCAUUUGCAGUAACUCACCAGUUAAUCAUUAAAUAAACUUCUUUGUCCCCUUCAUACAAGAUUCUUAGACGUGAAUGAGUUUGUUGGUUGGAAGGAAAGCUGGUUAAGGUUCUGGGCAGGGGGAUGGGGGCCUCCAGUCUUAACUACCACACCAACUUUAGCUCUAGUUGAGUUUUAGCCAUUUCAUUUCUACCUCCAGAGCAAGUCUCCAAAGCCAGCCUCCACAGCCUGCUAGUCCACAUUUAUCCCAGAUAGGAGCACAAGAAAGGCCACUUCUAUACCUGCCAACAGACCAUUGAUCACGAAACCCAUUUCUAUGGGAUGGUAACUUGAACUUCAUUUUUACAUUUAAUCCCACACAUUAACAGAUAUUCUUGUAACAGGUGAGAGGGGUUUCUAUGAGCAGCUGCUAUAACACACUCAUAAAAUUUAAUAGGCUGACACUUAAUACGUAGUGAACGAGGACUGUGUACAUUUCAGGUGUCUUUUGAUACUUUUUGGAGGUGAUUUUCAGUGUUUAAAUGAGGACUCCUUUAUAUGAAAAAAGACUUGAAAGCCGAGACCUCACGGUACGAUGCUAAUUCCGUGCUCAUGUGUGUAAUGGUACACUUGAGAGUUUAUCUUCAGAACAUGCAGCAGCAUUGCCAUUUAGGAAAAGAACAUUUACAUGCCCUUGGAAACAUGAAACAAAGUUAGGAACCCGGCGAGCAAGUGAGAAGGAAUGCAUGUCUGAACCUGAGGAACUCUGGUGCGCAUUAGUUUCCCACAGGGUAGGUAACUAUGCAGGUGGCUUGCUUUUCCUUCUCCCGGGUUUUUCUGCUCUGGGGCCACUUCGAAAAGAAAGGGUGAAGAGACAGGUAAAGAUGUAAGCAAUCUGGGUCUUGUGGUCCAUGAUUCUGUGGGACCAUUCUCGAGAACUUGGAGCAUCGUGCCCACCAGAUUUCAUGCCUUCAUAACUUGACUCUUAAGUGUGCAAGUCAGGAAUAGUACAGGGCCAGGUUCAAGACAGACCCCCUGUACUUGCCUACAGCUGUGGGGAAGGAAGGGGGUGCUGGAGGGACAGAAGCUCCACCAGUGAACUCGGUUGCUCUAAGCACAGAGGGCUCAUUUCAGAAAAGGGGAGUAGACUCAGCUUUGCUUUCCUCCAGAGCAUCAUGGGGAGCAUGGAGCUAUGGCUGGCCUUCCCCUUCCAGGAAAGGUCGCUUCGUAGAGCUGCCCUGGGACGCCCCCUGGUCUUCUCCUCCUUCGGCAAGGUCCGUAUUCUGACUCUUCCUGCACUCUCAUUCCGAGAUCAUGAGUGUUAAUGUACGAAAAUACACAGAGUAAGUGGAGGCCACCCGUGGCAUCAGUCCUGCAACUUGAACUUGACAAUCAUGGUUUGCUGGCACUUAAAUUUUGGCCAUAGGUGUAUGAUUUUAGUAAUCGAAUCCUCCCUCUAUUUGUCAGUUACGUUUCUACCCUUCAAUUAGCUGCACUGUUUUUCUAAUGUGCUGUAGAGUUUUUGAAAUAAUUUAUGCAAGUGUUUGGUUUCCAUGUUUACAAUUUAUACGGCUUUCCUAGCAUUUUACAUGGAACUGUCAAUAAAUGCUAUGAAUUGG